AUGAAAAUAAAGGUUGAAUCAUUCGGCAGGUUCGCAUGCCGAAGUCAGUUGGUCAGAAAGAGAGGGGAAGGGGAAGUGGGGAAAAUUGAGAUUGCGAAGACAGACCAAAGUCAGGCGACCAUCAGAAGACAAAGGCAGUGCGAUGAAACCGUCGCUAUAGACGGCCAUCAACUGGCAGAGAAAGACGAGAAGAAAUUAGCUGAGCAAGAAAAGAACAAGAAGAAAGGAAUGGUAAAAGUGCGCGAAACGCAACAUGCCGCCAACGCCAUUACGCUGAAGAGAAUAGUAAAACGAUGCGCCACUUUAAAAGCAAACUUACGGAUGAUUUCCGUC